AUGAUAAGUAGCCUGUCUGGAUCGCCAAGAGCUUCGACAUAUCUACCAAAUCAAGACCCCAUGGCCUCCCCAUCCCUCCACGCCCUACUCCUCCUCUCAGACUCAGCACUCCCCCUAGGCUCCUUCGCCUUCUCCUCCGGCCUCGAAUCUUUCCUCGGCCACAAAGGCGUAUCAAACACCCACAGAUCAUCCUCCGCUGCAACCAAACUAGCAGCCGCCGAGACCUUUCUCGAACAAUCUGUAAUCAACCUCGCCUCGACUGCCCUACCAUACGUCCUAUCCGCAUUCCACAAUCCAUCAACGCUAGAAGACCUCGACAACGACUUCGACGCCAGCACACCUUGCACGGUCGCGAGACGGGCUAGCAUAGCCCAGGGACGGGCGUUGUUGCAGAUUUGGGAGCGGGCGUUGAUUCCUGCUGCGGCAGCUGGGGAGGCGAGGGAGUGUGUAUCGUCCUUCGCGAUUAAGUUGAAGUCGAACGUGGUAGAUGACUUCGGGCUCCAGCUACAAGCUCAUUUCGCGCCGCUCUUCGGUGCGGUGUGUGCUGCGUUGUCCUUGUCGGUGCAUGAUACUGCAUAUCUCUUCUUGCUGAAUCACGCCAAGGCAGUGCUGUCGGCGGCUGUGAGGGCUAGUGUCAUUGGUCCUUAUCAGAGCCAGGCGUUGCUGGCGGACUCGAGGCUACAGGAGUGCAUCAAUGCUUGCAUAGAGCGAGAGAAGCUGUCGCGGGUCGAUCAAGCUGCGGUUACGGUCCCGACUAUGGACCUCUGGAUGGGGAGACAUGAGUUGUUGUAUUCGAGGAUCUUCAACUCGUGA